AUGGAAGAACGAGUGAAGCGGUACAAAUCAUUAGGCCACGUGGUCAAUCUCGUCACUUCAGAAGAAAGAAGCUACACAGCCUCUGCUAUUACCUUCACUAACGAAGACCUGAAGGGCGUCCACCUGCCUCAUGACGAUCCACUCGUCAUUUCCUUACAAGUUGACCACUGCCAGCUGGGCAGAGUUCUGAUCGAUGGGGGCAGUGGGGUCGACAUCCUCUUCUGGGAAGCCUACCAGAAAAUGGGACUAGAGGAGAAUCAGAUCCGACCCUCCACCAUGCCCGUUUUGGGUUUCAACAGCCAGAGAGUCUAUCCAAAGGGCGUCGUUCGGUUAACUGUGGUAGCUGCAGAACGCACCUUGCCAGUAGACUUCCUUAUUAUAGACUCCGCCACGAGCUACAACGCCAUCAUGGGGAGGGGUUGGAUCCACCGAAUGCGGGGGGUAGUCUCCACGCUACAUCAGCAGUACCUACCCGCGUGCCUAAAAGGAAUCAAUCUAGCAGAAGACCAAGAAAAGCCCCAAGUUACGCUAGAUACCUUAGAACAAGUGGUUCUGGAUGACGCCGACCCUUCAAAAGCAGUCCUGGUCAGUGCCAAGCUCUCACAAGAUGAGAGGCAGACCCUCGUACGGUUUCUCCAAACCAGAAUGAGAACUUUUGCCUGGACGCCACACGACAUACCCGGAAUAGACCCUUCUGUUAUGAGCCACAGCUUGAAUAUCUCCACCUACUUCCCACCCGUCAAGCAGAAGCAGAGGAGAUUCGCUCCAGAGGUCAAUCGAGUCAUACAAGAGGAAGUCCAACGGCUCCUGAGCACGGGGGCAAUCGAAGAAUGUUUAUACCCCAGUUGGCUUGCCAACCCCGUCGUGGUCCCAAAGAAGAAUGGGAAAAAGAGAGUAUGUAUAGACUACACAAAUCUAAACAAAGCCUGUCCCAAAGAUAGCUACCCUCUACCAAAAAUCGAUCAGAUGAUAGACGCCACGGCAGGAUAUGAAAGAAUGAGCUUCCUCGACGCCUACUCUGGCUACAACCAGAUCCCCAUGAAAUCAGAGGAUAGGAUUCAUACAGCAUUCGUAACGGAAGAUGGUUUAUACUGCUACAAAGUUAUGCCAUUCGGUCUAAAGAAUGCAGGCGCGACAUAUCAGAGGUUGAUGCACAAGAUAUUUUCCUCAUUGCUCGGGAGAAAUAUGGAGGUUUAUAUUGACGAUAUGGUCGUCAAGUCCAAACAAAGCUCUUCACAUAUAGACGACUUGACGGAAUGUUUCGACAUCCUUGAUGCUUAUAAAAUGAAGUUAAACCCCACAAAAUGUGUCUUCGGGGUAUCCUCCGGACAGUUCUUGGGAUACAUCGUCAGUCAGAGGGGCAUCGAGGCGAACCCAACUCAGAUUGCGUCCCUCUCAGAAAUUAAGGAACCCCGAACCAUCAGAGACAUACAGGCUCUAGCCGGCAAGAUAGUAGCAUUAAGUCGAUUCAUAUCACGAAUGUCAGACCGCUGCCAGCCCUUCUUGCAGUGCAUAAAGAAGUCCACCAACACCUCCUGGGGACCAGAACAGCAAAAAGCAUUGGGUGAAUUGAAGACUUACUUGAGCUCUCCUCCUAUAUUGAGUUCACCUAUUGCUGAUGAAGAUUUAUUCUUAUAUUUGUCUGUCUCAAAAUUCGCUGUAAGUUCCGUUCUUUUUCGAGAAGAAGCCAAUCAUCAGAGGCCAGUGUUCUACUGCAGCAAGAUGUUGUUAGAUGCUGAAACCCGAUACAGCAUGAUGGAAAAAUUGGCACUCGCACUCCUCACGGCCAAAAAGAAGCUACGACAAUACUUUGAAAGCCACACAAUCAUCGUAUAUACGGACUAUCCAUUAAAGCAGGUGCUGAGCAAGCCCGACCUUUCCGGAAGGUUAUCUAAAUGGGCUAUAGAGCUUGGGACAUACGAUAUUCAGUUUUUACCGCGAAAAGCUAAAAAGGGGCAGGUACUCGCUGACUUCCUGGUUGAAAUUCAGUCGUUCACUCCUGAUGCCCUGCCAGAAUUACUAGAAUCAGAAGAUCAAUGGUUGUGGACAAUGCACACUGACGGAGCAUCCAAUUCCCAAGGGGCUGGUAUUGGCGUCGUAUUAGAAGCUCCCUCGGGCCUAAAAAUCGAAGAAGCCAUUCGUUUAGAGCAACCCACGACGAACAAUGAAGCAGAAUAUGAGGCACUGAUCUAUGGUUUGGAACUCGCACGCGAAAUGGGAAUCCAGCGUCUAAACGUCAGAGGCGACUCGCAGCUUAUGAUAGAGCAAGUGGCUGGGAAUUUCGAUACCAAAGCACCCCAUCUGGCUAGCCUCCUACGGAAGGCAACCAUUUUACGGUCGCACUUUCGCCAGUUCGACCUCACACAAGUACCUCGGGAGCAAAAUCAGAAGGCCGAUGCCCUUGCCAAAUUAGCUUCUGCGGGAGCGUGCACACGCCAAUCCUCCAUAUCUUUUAGUCGAUCAAGCAAAGAUAUGGAAGUUUGUUCCACCUCAUCCGAACCCGAAUGCUGGAUAGAUCCGAUCAUCAAGUACUUGACCACCUCCGAGCUCCCACCUAAUCCGAAAGAUGCAAAACUUCUGCGCCUUCGGGCACAACGCUAUUCCAUGAUCCAUGGCACGUUGUACCGAAAAUCCUUCAAUGGCCCGUAUCUGCGAUGUUUGUGCCCAUCAGAAGCUAAAAAAUUGUUAGAAGAAAUACAUGAGGGGGCAUGCGGAAAUCACACAGGGGGACGAAGCUUGGCACACAAAGCGCUUACAGCAGGAUAUUACUGGCCGUACAUGAUGACAGAGGCACGAGAUUAUGCUAAGAAAUGUGACAAAUGCCAACGAUUUGCACCCACCAUCCAUCAACCUGCUCAAACCCUACACUCCAUUGUUGCACCUUGGCCUUUUGCAAAAUGGGGAACGGAUGUAGUAGGUGAACUUCCUAAGGCCGUUGGUGGAAAACGAUAUGCUCUUGUAGCCACUGAUUACUUCACAAAAUGGGUUGUGGCAGAGGCGUACGUCACGGUCAACAAAACAGACACUAUGUCCUUCAUCUGGAAACAUAUUAUAUGUCAAUUUGGAAUACCCUGGGAGAUAGUCGUCGACAACGGCACUCCAUUCCAAAAUGCAAGGGUACAGGAACUAUGCGACACGUACAAGAUCAAGCUAAGCUUCGCCUCUGUUACUUACCCGCAGGGUAAUGGUCAAGCAGAAGCUUCCAACAAAGUCAUCUUUGCCAACAUUAAGAAGAAUUUGGAAGACAAAAAAGGAGCAUGGGUAGAAGAACUACCGAAAGUGUUAUGGGCUUAUAGAACAACAAAAAGAUCCUCCACGGGGGAGUCUCCCUAUGCCAUGGUUUAUGGAACAGAAGCUAUCAUCCCAACAGAAGUCGGUCUGCCUACACUUCGGACAGAGAUUGCAUCUGAUCCAACAACGAACACCAUUCAAUUACUGCACAACCUAGACCUUCUAGAAGAAACACGUACAAUGGCCCAAAUGAGACUGGAAAAUUAUCAGAAGGUAGCAGAACGCUACUACAACAAAAGGGUCCAAUUACGCACAUUUCAAGAGGGAGAUUGGCCACAUUACACUAAGUCCGACACGUGGUAA